CUAGUAUUGAAUGAUUGAAGUAGUAUGUAUCUUCUACCUAAUAGUAAUAUUGUUGCACCAUUCUCGUUCCUGCUUUUUACAUAGCAGCAAUGUAGCAUUGUCUCGGGUUUUUAUUGACAGGAAAUCCCCUUUCUAACUAAAUAAAACCAGGGGGGUUAACUCAACACGAAGAACCAAGAGAGAGAAAAUAAAAUAAAAUAACAAUAAUCGGUUUCAGCAAAGACAGCCAACCCAAUCUUGCCGCUUACCCACCGAGGCGUUCGGCACUAUGGACGCUCUCAAUGCCUCUCAUUAAUAUUAGCUGGUGGAGCCCCUGUCUGGUUGUACUGUAUCGACUACCUACCUAAGACAUCUAUCUUUUCCUUCCUAUCCACGGAUACUUAGGUACACAUAAUUGCCCCAGAACGAGACAUCUGGAAAGGACUGUGCUGUGCCUGCUUGUUUGUUUGUUUGUUCGUUCGUUCGUUCCCUCGGUCCCCGGACUUCAACAUGGCUUCUUCAAGUGAGUCGGCGGGCCAAGCCUCCGUUCAUACUUCUUCCCAUUCUCUUUCUUCUCUUCAGAUCCUUGAUCACUCCCGAGAUGGCAGUAGAGAGGAGAAGUCAUCAGAUGAGAUCACAUCCCUCGACAGCCAAUCGCAACCAAACAGAGAUUCAUCAGACCGGUCCGCCAACGCUAAAGGACUAGCCUCGAUGUUCUCAAAGUCGCGGUUCGACCGCUUGUCGUCCUUCUUUCCGUCACUAAUCAGUACUCAAUCUACAGAUCCCACCGGUGUUCUGCACCGCAAACCGCUUACUGCCCAAUCUCCAAUCCAGAAUAAAGUCCAGGACAGACCUCCGAGUCUGCCUUGCCUACCGCUUGGCUUAUCCGAGGAAACGGAGGAGUUUGGCAUAUCGAACGCCGCCAACACUUCCGAGCAUUCGCCUACUGCCCAGCCUAUUACUACCCAUAGUAGUAACCCAUCUGAAGAUAGCACGACCAGUCAUAGGAGAGGGAAGUUGCAAAAAAGCCCACCCGAGACGGAACCGCCCGCCCCAGUCGACACCCCCCCUUCUCCCCCACGAGUGUCUUCGUUUCAUUUCACCGAGACUCAAUCAUCUCCGCGACUCAAGAAAGAGCACAGACGGCGAAGUAGCUCCGUGAAUAGCAGUGCCCAUAAGCAAUCAAACUCUCAAUCAAGUCUAGGACCUGGACAAGGCUCGCCCACAUCCGACCCCAGGGCUCGAAGUGCGUCUGCAAAUCCACCUACUCGAGCAGCUCCACCUCCGCCUUUGGCGAAUUUGUCCGUAUCUACAUCCACUGCUGUCGUAUCUCGCCCGGGGUCGAGCAAUGGAAGCCAAAGCCCGACUCGUGACGUGGAACGGCGUGGCCGUUUGAGAAGGAGUUGGCUUCCUGGUGGGGGCAGGUCAAGGUCUCAAUCUCAAGGCAAUUCAGCAAAGACAACUGGUGCGGCCGCCUGGAUCCUUGGGCAGAAUGUGGAUUAUAAUACGUCCUUUCUAACCAACGGCGAAAAGGUACCUGAGUUGUGGAACGAGGGCGGGAACGUGUUGAUAUACUUGGACCCUAAGGGGAUUGGCGCGGGACCGUCUUUCAAAGUACCUUCAUUUGUCGUCGAUGACUCUCUGGUUUUCAACGAGCUUAUUGAGGCUGAGAUGGCAUCACCAACAAGCUCGGGAAGAAGUCAAAGCCUUACUUUUACGGGACGAGACAGCCUUUCUGUUGACGAUGCAACGCGUAGGGCUCAGUCACCCAUCCUACCCGAACUCCAGAGUGGCGGAGGAGAGUCACGCCUAUAUCUUCCCGUAUCCAUGUCUACCCCAGGUCAUAGAUCGGAGGCUGACCUGGAACGGCUGAUAUCGAUUCGGAAUAUGUUUGCUUUUCUGACUGGCCAACCAUUGGUGUGUACUAAGGAACAGCCAACUCUCUUCGCUGUUUUUCUUCAAAUCUCGGGUCUGCUAAAGGAGUUCGAGUUUACUAGCAUGGAUGGGUCAACAUUUGGAGACGCUGUGGACAUGAGCUUCGGUUUCUUCAUGGACCAGAUGGCUCUCGCGGACGUGAGACAUAGCCGGGAGAAGACGAUAGAAUCACUUAUCCUAGGUGAACGAAUGCGCUCCAUGGAUCUCUUCAACGAGGCCUUCGCUCAUGCUGUGGGCAAAUACCCAGCUCUUCGGGACCUAAACUCGCCUCUAUGGAGUCAAGUAUCCUCCGUUACCCGUGAGCGACUGGAGCGCGCAUACUUUGACCUCGUGAACCGCCAGAACAACGUGAACAAUAGGCUCGAGUCAUUUGACUUUCCAGCACUGUUUUCUGGUGUCGCUAGCUCAACGUCGAAUUCGGAUUAUAAGGAUGUCAAGUUUCACACCUGGAGGAAGUCUUUCGGUCGAAUGAGACAAUUUGUCCUCAACUAUUAUAAAGCGAACUUUGGGAGCUGGCCACCGAAGGCCCGCAGCAAGAAGAACCCAUUCACAGAGAGCGGCCUAAACAGGCAAGUUCUCAAAAUACUCUACUCGGACUUUUGCGCGUUAUAUGACCUCCUCGUUGAUCGUGAGUCGCUCACGACACGAGUGAUUGACCAAAGCGCGGAAGAAAUUGCCAACGAUCACAAGAACACUCAUCUCUCAGCUUUACGUAAAGUUCUCGGAGAAUUCGAUCAAUCGUCACCCCCCGUGCUCCCCCCCAUUCCCUUUGAUCUUCCUAAGCUACCGGACAUGACGAGCGUCAAAGAGAACUUCUACGAGCUCUCGCAUAAGGAACAAGCGCGGCUAGAGAGGAAUUUGCAAGAGUAUCAAAUGCUUCUCAUACUCAACAAGGCCUAUGACUUUGAAACCUUCAAGCUGAGCAUGCCAUUCCUCGAAGAGUUCAAGGAAUUUGAAUGCAAGGAAUCUAAAGGGAAAACAGCAGCGGAAAUGGCAGAUCAGCGUAUUGGCUAUUGGUUGUUCCUCUACGUAGUCAUUCAAUCACUUCCCAUGCUGGUGGUAGAUGCGCCCGGCCUGCAAUUCACAGAAGGUGUCGAAUAUUUCCUAUGCCAGCCGGCCAAGGGUCACCCGCCGUGGAUGGAGGACAUAUCAUCUGUGCGCAAAAGAUGGUAUGAGGUUGCUGGCGGCGGGGGCUUGGUGGAGCUUUCCACCGAUGCCGUGGAAUUCAGUAUCGAGGGCAUCUACCACCGCAGCCACUGCUGGUUGGCAGCCAAAGAUUGGGCGCUUGGAGAGAACACUGCUCCUCCUAUAUCGCAAGAGAGCUUAUCACCAUUACCCCCGCCGCAGUCCGUGUUUACGGACAUGGAUCCCAGUGGGCGAUCGGCAAGCCCGACCUUGAUGAAUCGCAGCGAGUCUCCCCAAGCUGCCCCCCCUGGGGCGGCACUAAGACAAAGUAAUGUGUCACCCGGCAGCAGACGAAACUACCGGAGUAGCAUAGCUUUGGGGCUUGAGCCGGUCCCGCUCCCUACGGACAGCAUGUCGAUACCGGGGAACCGUAUCUCGAGUGCGAGGGGCGUCUCGCCGGUACAGCGGCCACUCAGCACGGUGAUGAACCGCAGCAUCUCAUCAGGUAACUUACAGGGCCUUGUAGGCCCUCCAGCUCAACCAGCUGCGGACUCGGGGUCUAGUUCGCGGCAAGACUUUGUUGGUGGGAGCACAUUUGACGACAUUUUGAAGGAUAUGAAUCAGAAGCCGAAGAAGAAGAAAGGCUUCUUUUAGUAAUCAACUCACGAAUUUUAUGAUUUGCUACUUGAGUCAUUUUUAUAUUUUAUAUCAGCUUAUCAUUUUUCAAAUUCUUUUUUUCAAAAAAUUCUUCUUUUUUUUUCAAUUUUUUGGUCAGAAAAAGGGGGGGUAGGAGAGGUUGGCUUUCUCCAGCAUUCGAUCGAGGAUCGACUGAAUUUACAAUGGCAUAUAAAGGAUACGGGAAAAUCAUACGCAAUAGCACUCAUAUAAUCCGGUAUCACCAUACCUCCCUACCUACACCUGCAUAACACAUCAUCCAUGGAUGUAGUACAUAUUUACAUAGAGUACCUAGGUGGUUUUGAGCAUUGGUACAAUUGGCAAUAUGUGAACCAGAUUUUAUUUUUGUACAUAGUACUGCAUGUAUGUACAGUUGUCUUUUUGCACAGCGUUAGAGUGUUGGAGCGUUAGAGGCCAUCUAAAUCAUGAUCACCAGGUGAUGGGACAUAUGACUUGUAUAGGUAUGUCAAGAAUGCGGCUUUCAACUUUGUUAGAUGGACCGUUAGAUGGGACUUGGAGGAUUUUUAUGGAUGAGAUGUAUGCACAUGUAUGUAGUUAAACUGUUACACAUGUAUGUGUUAUGUCAACAUUGAAUAUGUACAGUACUAUAAAGUUCC